CUCUGCCGGACUCGGACUAAUAACGGUGUUGCACAUAUUUGGAACCCCGGAGAGGAAGCCUGCUAAUGCAGCUUUUUAAUUUAAUUGUCACACUUCGCUUAAUCGUGUGAUUCAACCGUCUUGUCAGUACAUCCUGCCAGAUUGUUUAAAUGUCGUGGUGAUGGCGGAUGACGAUGAUUGCCCAGAGUUGGUGCCCAUCGACACCCAGCAUGAUGGUCCUGCAGAGCAGAUCCCUGUCACCAUCAUCACUGGCUACCUUGGCGCUGGAAAGACCACACUGCUGAACUACAUUUUAACCGAACAACAUAGCAAACGGAUUGCUGUCAUACUCAAUGAAUUUGGAGAAGGUAGCGCUCUUGAGAAGUCCCUGGCAGUGAGCCAUGCUGGAGAACUUUAUGAGGAGUGGUUGGAGCUGAGAAAUGGCUGCCUUUGUUGCUCUGUCAAGGACAAUGGCCUUAAAGCUAUUGAGAACCUGAUGGAGAAGAAGGGAAAGUUUGACUACAUCCUUUUGGAAACCACAGGACUUGCUGAUCCAGGUGCUGUAGCCUCCAUGUUCUGGGUUGACGCAGAACUCGGCAGUGAUAUCUACCUGGAUGGCAUCGUGACCGUCAUCGACGCCAAGUAUGGACUGGAGCAUCUAACAGAGGAAAAAGCUGAUGGUCUUGUGAAUGAAGCUGCAAGGCAAAUUGCACUGGCUGACCUGACUAUUAUCAAUAAGACUGAUCUGGUGACGGAAGAAAAACUUGCUCAAAUCCGAGAUGCUGUCAGGUCAAUCAAUGGUGUGGCCAAGCUCCUGGAAACGCAGAGAUCAAGGGUAGACCUCUCUGAAGUUCUCGACCUUCACGCCUUUGACAGUAAAGAUGGCACAAAUUUAUCCGAGAAGUUGCAGAUGGUGAAACCGAUCAGCCCUCAUCUUGAUAAGAGUAUUUUAACGAUGACGUUUGAAGUGGUUGGAAGUCUUUCAGAGGAUGCCCUCAAUGUUUUCAUUCAGGAUCUCCUUUGGGAAAAGACGCUGAAAAACAAAGAGGGGCAACCCAUGACUGUCAUCCGCUUAAAGGGAAUAGUGGCGCUGGCGGCUAAAGCCCACCAAGUCAUGCUGCAGGGGGUCCACGAGCUGUAUGAGCUCAAUGAGACACCCCAGCUUUGGGGGGAGCACCUGCGGGUCAGCCGACUGGUCUUUAUAGGAAGGAACUUGGACAAGGAUAUUCUGCAACAACAUUUCAUCUCCACUGUGGUACAAAGAGAUAAAUAACCAGAAGAAGAUACGGUCCAAACAGAAGAGCAGAUCUUCGGGCUCGGUCUGCUAUUUCCUCAAGAUGAUGAAGCACAUGCACGAGAGGUUAGCUGAUGUUAACGAGAAUAGGAGGCGUGUGGUUUUCUAUUUAUAAUGGUUUCUAUAAACAAUACCAAUUAUGUACUUUGUUACGAGUGAGUAGUGCAUCAUUGCUGUCCAAUGAAAAACAUGUGAAGUAUCUCCCCUUUGUGUUUUUUUCCUUUUAUAGCUGAAACAUGAAGAACCUAUGUGUAUGCUUUUCCAUUAAAUACAACAAAAACGUACAAAUAUGGGGCAAAAAAAUUGCUUUUCAUUGGCGGAAACAGUUGUCCAAUUAAAACUUAUAUCUCCACAUGAGUUUUUCUAUGUUAGAUCCAAAAUAUGAAUAAAUGUGACCUGUUGUUUUUCAGAUGAAGACUUUCAACAUUUGGAGAGAACAUGUUUUCAUUGACACCUUUGAAAAACAUUAGAGGUGUAACGGUACGUGUAUUUGUAUCGAACCGUUUCGGUACGGGGGUUCCGGUUCGGUUCGGAGCUGUACCAAACGAGUUUCCACACGGACAUAUUAAGUAGCGUAACGCACGUUGUGUAAACAAUGAACAACACACGGCAUGCUAGCAGCUAACGGGCUACGAUAGACUGACCAUACGUCCUCUUUUCACCGGACAUGUCCUCUUUUGCGGAGCUGUCAGGGCGGAGUUUCUUUAAUGCCUCAAAUGUCCGGCAUUUUGAGUUAGGGUUGCGUGUAUUUUCAAUGUACGUUCAGGGUUAAGAAGGGGUUAAAAACAAAAGAAAUUGUGCAUGUGGCAGCAUUCGUGAGGGAGGGGCAGAGACAGAGAGAGAGCGAGAGAGUUAUGAUAAACGUGCAUGCGUCGCCAGUCUCUGCUUUUUAUCCAUAGAUAUAUCAGAUUCAAUUUUUUAUUAUCUAUAGCAGGGGUGUCAAAAGUGUGCCCCGGAGGCCAUUUGCGGCCCACAGCUAAUGUUUUAAAGGCCCACGGCACAUUCUAAAAAUACUAUUAAAAUAAACAAAAACAUAACAAAAGUGGGACGGCGUGGCGAAAUUGGUAGAGUGGCCGGGCCAGCAAUCGGAGGGUUGCUGGUUACUGGGGUUCAAUCCCCACCUUCUACCAUCCUAGUCACGUCCGUUGUGUCCUUGGGCAAGACACUUCACCCUUGCUCCUGAUGGGUGCUGGUAGCGCCUUGCAUGGCAGCUCCCUCCAUCAGUGUGUGAAUGUGUGUGUGAAUGGGUAAAUGUGGAAAUACUGUCAAAGCGCUUUGAGUACCUUGAAGGUAGAAAAGCGCUAUACAAGUAUAACCCAUUUAUCAUUUA